GGUCUAUUGUAUGACUCAAACAGCAGGUCAAUUACUAGGUCACGUCGUUCCAACAACGUGAGGGAAUGGAUCGGAUUCUUUCGAAAUGUCAGACUUGCUGGUACGACUUUUCCCCUUCCAGGAGGACUAUUCCCCACUGGAUUCACAAAUGCAAUACCUCUCAGAGUCGAAGGCACGGCAAAAACUCGUUUACGAGAUAAUGUUUUAGCACCUGUCGAAUCGGUAUUAGCACCACAAGGAGCAUUUGUUGAUACACCUGCCGGAUUUUUAGGUGCUUCUGACUAUGUUUUAUGCACUAAUAAUAAUUACACAGUGGCCAAGAUGCCAGUGGAAAUGAAAACGCGCCACAAUCUUGAUUUACGCGGUUAUCAUUUCUGGCAAAUUUAUCGAUAUAACGACCGGCGUGGAAUAAUGAAAUCAAAAUUUAGAAACCAAAGAUUCGAUCAAAAUUUUAAAUUCAAGAAACGUAUCCUAUCACAGAUAUUUGGUGAAAUGGCCU